AGAGUCUUCCCAGGUCCUGACGCAGAGACUCGUUUCCGGUCCCAGGUGGGCGGCGGCUUGGCUGUCCGUGCGCUCCGGAGCGGUGUUCCGGGAGCACCGUCCUCCCGGGCACCAGUGCCUGGAGCUCGUGCUGGGGCCGCGCCGAGAAAGAACCGAUCUGGGCGCGAGGCAGGUGCGGGGCCAUGAACGGGACCGCGAACCCGCUGCUGGAUCGCGAGGAGCAUUGCCUGCGGCUCGGGGAGAGCUUCGAAAAGCGGCCACGGGCCUCCUUCCACACCAUCCGCUAUGAUUUUAAACCAGCAUCUAUAGACACGUCCUGUGAAGGAGAGCUUCAGGUUGGCAAAGGAGAUGAAGUCACAAUUACAUUGCCACAUAUUCCUGGAUCCACACCACCAAUGACUGUGUUCAAGGGGAACAAACGGCCUUAUCAGAAAGACUGUGUACUUAUUAUUAAUCAUGACACUGGUGAAUAUGUGCUGGAAAAACUCAGUAGCAGCAUUCAGGUCAAGAAAACAAGAGCUGAGGGGAGCAGUAAAAUCCAGGCCCGAAUGGAACAGCAGCCCUCUCGUCCCCCACAGCCAUCACAGCCACCACAGCCACCACCACCACCACCACCACCACCACCUCCGCCGCCACCCAUGUCUUUCAGAGCACCAACCAAGCCUCCAGUUGGACCCAAAACUUCUCCCUUGAAGGAUAACCCCUCACCUGAACCUCAGCUGGAUGACAUCAAAAGAGAGCUGAGGGCUGAGGUCGACAUCAUUGAGCAGAUGAGCAGCAGCAGUGGCAGCAGCUCCUCAGACUCUGAGAGCUCCUCAGGAAGUGAUGACGACAGCUCCAGUAGCGGAGGCGAGGACAAUGGCCCAGCCUCUCCUCCCCAGCCUUCCCACCAACAGCCGUACAACAGCAGGCCUGCUGUCGCCAAUGGAACCAGCCGGCCACAAGGAAGCAACCAGCUCAUGAACACCCUCAGAAAUGACUUGCAGUUGAGCGAGUCUGGCAGUGACAGUGAUGACUAGCACCGGAUCUUUCAAAAUCUACUUUCUGGUGCACGAACCUGCUGCAAGACCGGGCUGCUUUUGCAUGGAGUCCGUUGCCAGGAGGAACAUGUCGUGGAUCAGUGCCUGUAGUAGGAGUUGGAGGUUCUGGCGCUCUCGGAUAUUCAAGUCUUUAACUUAGUGGUGAUGGGUGAUUUUCUCAUGUAAUUUUUGAACAAUCUCUUAUUUCAAAGUUUAAGUAGAUCUAUAGAAGAACUAACAGGAUUAUAUUUCUAUUUGGUUAACAUUGUUAAUGAAAAACAGACAGAUGUGCCCUGGCCUGGGUUACUCAAAGGCACUGUCUUCACCAGGCCAGUGAAUUGGUUUUAACCCUCCAUAGCCAUCCGUUCGGCCUAGUGGUCUGCAUCAGUGAAAUGAAACAAUCUGGAGGAGCAGGAGGAAGGGAAACCUCAAACUGCAUCAUAGAAACAUGCAUAGAAAUAUGGCAAAACCACUUUAAAUUGUUGAUACUAAGUGGUAAGGAAGCUUGUCUGACCCAGCCUGACAAGCCCAUGUAGAAGUGGACUUGAGUGGAGUCCUCGGGUGUCAGCUGGGCGGGGAACCUUGAGAUCUGGCAGCACAGUCCCCUCAUUUACAGGCUAGGAAAGGAAAGCACACAGCUGGCCAGGGCCAGUGUCCAGGCCCAGUCCAGGGUUUUUCUCACUGCUCCCUCCCUGAAUUUCACUUAGUGGAAUCAAGAGAUGCUUACACGUGGAACUUUUAGAUGUACAUUGGCACUUUUAUUGGAUUCCAAAAGACAAAAGCACUGGGUAUUUCUAGCUUGAAUUCAGAUCCAGACAGUCCUUAAACACUCGAGGCUGAGUGAGCAGAUCAAACCAGCAGCCGUGGUGCUGACACACGGAACUAGGUAGGAUCGAGGCUUUUCGUUCCGUGUGUUCCAUCUUAGGUGAUCUUCAUUCGGUGGUUUUUGACAGGGGUGGGGGGUAGGAGUGGAAGAGAGGCGUAGUGAAGAAACCUCUCCGAACACACAAACCAGCAGGAAGUUUUCAGAAACCAGAGCCUAGAUAGGAGUUCUGCAAUAUGGAAUGAGCACAUUCUUUGAUAAGGUUUUUCUGUUUAAUGCUUUUCUACCACUGUUUGUGCCUGACUUCCAGACUGACUUGUAUUUUUUAUAUAAAACCAGAAGAAAGUCACAAGAUUGCCUUUGACAGUGUGCAGUUUCCAAUUGAAUCUGUUGUUGCUGGAAACUGGUCGCUAGUAAAUGUUCCAUGUUGAGUGAAUGUGUGGUAAACCAUCUAGUGAUACGUUUGGAGGAACCCAUCUGUAUCGUCUUAGUGGCUGUGUCCUCAGAAGUUUCUGUCUGCUUUGUUUCAGUAGGCAUCAAGACAUUAAUGAUUUUCCUUCCUUGGGUUCCUCUACUCAGAUGACCUCUCCCUCCCUAGCUAGUGGAGGGACACAGUCUGAACCUAGAGAAGAAAGGGGUGGCCCAUGUGGGGGCUUUGGUCAGAGUUGUACCUUGUAGGUCAGUUAUUUCAUCCACAUAGUGACUCCAGGGAGCUGGGGGUGGGACAGGAGCUGUUCCCCAGCAGCAUGCCCGCACCAGGGUAGGAACUUAUCUAUAGUGAACUGAUAAUUGCUUUAUAAUUACUUGCAGAUGACAGCUCAGGGAAGGCUAAGGUCAGGAUUGGGAGACUUGAAUUGUUCCUGGAUGUGGGAAUUGUGUCACUGCUCUUAACUUGCUCAGACUGGGGCAGGUUCUAGGAACUUGAAUGAAGAAUAUCUAUUUAAGCCCCCCCUCCCCUGUUUUUUUCUCCAAAAGCCUUGAUUUCUGUAGUCAGAAAUGGUUUUUGGCAUGUUAGGUUGAUACUUGUUUCUAUAGGAAAUACUUGCAUGUGGCACUGGGCUUGGUGAGUGACGCUUUCUGAGCUUCACACACUCUCCUAUGUCAUCUGUCCACCCAGUACUGCAUGGGAAUUCUUCAGUGUGGCUCUGGGUUUUGUUCCCUGUGCAAAGCCUUCAGUGCUUCUGUUCUUCCAUUAUAUUCCCUACCCCGACCCAACUUUCCCCACCAGAAUAAGGAAUCUUUUCUUUUCUAGAAACGUAUUCUCACAGAUGAAUUCUCACAAAUAUCCUUCUGCUAGCCAAAUUGGAUUUUUUUCUUCUGUCUUUGUGCCUCCUCUCUCUCCUGCUCCUCGUCCUCACUCCAGACUCCACUUCUGAGGCUCUGUAGGUACCAUCUUCAUGGACUCUUCCUCUACUCAUUUCAUACCCCUGUGAAGUACCCUGUGUGCACAAACUGAGCUUUCUCUUGCUUGAACUCUGGUUGGUGUGAGCUCCUUAAAAUUAGGGACUGUCAUCACAGGCUAUUCUGGUGCGUAAGCCUGGUCGGGGAGGAGGCAGAGAAGGCUAAGCAGUAAAGCCCAGGAGAGAACGUUCCAGGCAUUUGGACUAAACUGACCAUACAGUGCCUGUGCUGAAGUCUCUUAACUGAAUUGUUAAGUUGCCUCUUAAUGCAGCGUCUCUGCUGUGGGUCAUUUAGGCAGGGUAGAAAGAUGAAGUCUGGAGUGUCUGAGGAGCCAUGGCAAGUCUUAGUAAAAACGUGAUUUGGGG